AUGGCAAGAUAACUUUCUUAGGAAGAAUAUAUAAAGAAGAAGGAAUUUUAGCUUUUUGGAAAGGAUCUAUGCCAACUGUAAUUAGAGCUGUUGCAAUAACCAUAUGAUAAUUAACUACAUAUGAUUAAUUGA